ACACACACACACACAACUUAGUUUGAUAACAGAACGCGCCGUGGUUGUGGAGACGUUUUGCGCACACACCGCUCUCCUCUGCGCUUUGACUACCUUUUUUUUUUUUUCCUCCCCUUCUUUUACUCUAGUUCCUUUCUCAACGGGAUAUGCCGAGAGGCGGAGGCGUUUCUUCCUCCACCCAAAACCUCCCCAAGUUGGGACCCUGCUGACGCGCUAUGACAUGAAGCAGAAACACACUUGUGGACAUCUCUGAAGUUCCCAAUAGAAGGUUAACUUCAUUGCAUUUUUCAACUAAACUGAUCUCUUAACGAGGCAACACUGUGGGCUGGCCUGCUGUUGAACUAUCUUUUGCUAGCUGUGAAACACUACUGCCAUCAUGCAGACGUCAUCGCUCCGCCGCCAGAUGAAAAACAUGGUCAACAACUUCACGGAGGCCGAGAUCAAGGUCCGAGAGGCCACCUCCAACGAUCCAUGGGGUCCCCCCAGCACGCUCAUGUCUGAAAUCGCAGACCUGACCUUCAACGCGGUGGCUUUCGUCGAGGUUAUGGGUAUGAUCUGGAAGCGGCUCAAUGACCACGGGAAAAACUGGCGCCAUGUUUAUAAGGCACUGACCCUGACGGACUACCUGAUCAAAACGGGCUCUGAGCGCGUGGCCCAGGAGUGCCGGGAGAACAUUUACACCAUCAAGACAUUGAGAGACUUCCAGUACAUAGAUCGGGACGGACGCGACCAAGGUGUAAAUGUCCGGGAGAAGGCCAAGCAACUGGUGACUCUGCUGCAGGACGAGGAGAAGCUGAAGAAGGAGAGAAGCCAGGCACUGAAGACCAAGACGCGUAUGGCGGGCUCCGCCAGUGGCUUGGGCUCUGGAUCCAUGCCUCCUCCGUACCCGGGGAGUCGCACAAGCCAGCCCGGCGCGUCAGGGGUCCAUGGGGAUGAGCACGGCAGGUGCAGAGGCUCGCCGUCCUCUUUUCACUCCUCCUCUUCCUCUCCUCGAAUUGCUCCAGACCUAGAGCAAGCUCGGCCAGCGACCAGUGGAGAAGAGGAGCUGCAGCUGGCCCUGGCCCUGGCUAUGAGCCGAGAAGAGAGUGAAAAGCCCCCUCCUACAGUGGAUAUUGAUGAACAGACCCAGCUCCAGAUCGCUAUGACUCUCAGCAAGGAGGAAACCCAGAAGCCAGUCCAACCUGCCCCUGCUCCUCUGGAUAUGGAUGAGGACACACAGCUCAAGUUAGCCCUGAGCCUGAGCAAGGAGGAGCACCAGAAGGAUAUACUCAGUCGCCAAGGGGACGAGUCGAUGCUCAAGAAAGCUCUGGAGGACAGCAAACGUGAGAUGGAGUCUAAAGGCGGGACCGCCUUCAUGGACCUGGUAGAUGUUUUCGCAUUGCCCUCAGAUCAGCCUCCUAGCGACCACCGAUGGAACGGUGCCCCACGCCAGGCAGCCGCACUCCCAGGGAGCACAGACCCAUGGGACACCCUGGUAGGCAACAACAACACUUCCAGAGUAGAUCCUGCCUGGAUGGCACCGCCAACAUCCAACAGCCCCCCUCCACCAUGGGAGUCAGUCAACACCUGGGACGACCCGCAGAGCGACCUCAACGCCACGGGCCGACUCUUCCCUGCCGUCACAGCCGCCUCAGGUGCUGAUCCAUUCUUCGCCCUUAAAGGAACUAUCAGGGAACCUUUUCCCCGACCUGGAAGCCCCUCAGAUGGGGAUCUGUUUGAUGAGGCCAUGGAUGGAGGUCAGUUGAAUGUAAAUGGGCGAGGGGAGGACAGUCCUGACACAUUUGACCUGUCACGUCUUGGAGAAAGCCUGGCUGCCCCCGCCCCUCGUACAUGCCGGACACCUGAGGCCUUCCUGGGCCCCACAGCGGCAUCCUUGGUAAACCUGGAUACAUUGAUCCCUGCAAAUCCUCCAGCCAAGACCAUGAACCCCUUCCUAUCAGGCCUCAGUGCUCCGUCACCCAACAAUCCAUUCCAGGCUGAGCAGCCCAAACUAACUCUGAAUCAAAUGGGCUCCGGCUCUCUCUCUGCAGCUCCCCAGGGCACUUCUCUUCCAUACAGUGCCUCCUUGCCCCUGCCUAUGAGCCACCAGCCUUCCAGCCUCCCUAUGUCACUUACUCACCCCACCCAGCCUGGUCUGGGCCUGCCAGGGGCCCUUCCUGAGCCCUUGUUGCCCUUCUCUUCAGCCAGCACUGACGGAUCACAGGCGGCACAGAACCCUUUCUUAUGAGGAUCAACUAAACUGGAGAAAAUAUCUAAGAAAAAAAGGGGAAUGCCAUGAGGUUAUGCUCUCCAAAUAUAACUCUAACUGCAGACUGAACCUCAUCCCCAAGGACUUGUAUGAAAACCCUAUUCUUAGUUUUUAUAUUGUAUUAUAAUGCGGUAACUCUUAGAUUGAUGCAAGCUGGGUCUGCUCCUCACCGCAAUAAUCAGUCCUGCUCCUCUUGUCAAUGAUGCAGUAACAUAAAAGAGAUAACACCUUUGUAUCAGAAACCAUUAGUGUCAUGUAAACAUUCUUUACGGCCAUAAUCUAUUGUAACCUGAAUUCAGAAAAGAAAUACAUACAAAAAAGCAGUUUGAUAAUAUUUUGUUAUCGCUUCACUUAGCCACAAUUACCAGGCAAAUGUAUUACGGCUUUUUCAGGUAGUCCACAAGUCUCUUGCUCACUCAGCUGUUUGUGUGAUUGGCUUAGCUAGCUACUGCUGCUGUCAUAUACAAAUGUUUUAAAAAAUGCUUUUAUUAUAAGAGACAAGAGCUAGAGACGUGUCCGGUUCUUGAAAUGUUGCCACAUCAUUACGGUUAACUUUGUCUGUUGGACCAGAACUGAUGACAAACAUCAAUAUGUACUUGAUUUUACUAUUGUGAAAUGAAUUGCUGGGGUUUACUGAAUGAAAUUGAAGUUUGGGAGGACUGGAAGUGCUUCAGAAUUCACUAUAAGCAAGGCAACUUUGUAAAAUGUAGGAAUCAUGAGUUUUAUUGAUUGCUUGUGAACCACUGAUUCAUCAAAUAUAAGGGUAUAAUUGGAAAACUGCUUCAUUCUUCAGUGGAUUUUUUAUUAUUUCCUCAAUUCCUGUGACAUCAACACAUUUCAUUCUGAAAUCAUCACAACCCAAGGCACACACCCAGUACCAUU